ACAGCGGGUCUGGGGCUUGUGAGAGGAGUUUGGUGGUUUGGGGCAUUCCCGUCCCUCCCCAAACGGGGAAUGCAGAGCCCGGAGCGCUCCUCGGGAUGGGGAUGUUUCGUGUCUGUGCUUGGAGCGAACGACAGCAGCGGCUUGGUGCUUUUGGAGUGUGUGAUUAAAUUGAGAUGCUCCGAGAGCUGGAGUGCCUCCGCUCUGGAGCCAGGCUGGGAGAGCUGGGGGUGCUCACCUGGACAGCAGAAGGAUCCAAGAAAACCUUGGAGCCCCUUCAAGAGCCUGAAGGAGUUCCAGGAGAGCUGGAGAGACACUUGGGACGAGGGAUGGAGGGACAGGACACGGGGAAUGGCUUCCCAGUGCCAGGGGUAGAUGGGAUAUUGGGGAGAAAUUCUUUCCUGUGAGAACCUGGCACAGGGUGCCCAGAGGAGCUGUGGCUGCCCCAUCCCUGGAAGUGUCCAAGGGAUCUGGGAUGGUGGAAGGUGUCCCUGCCCAUGGCAGGGAUGGAAUGGGAUGAGCCUUAACGCCCUUUCCAGCACAAACCAGUCUGCGAUUCUAUGACAAGCUAUAAUUUAUCUGUGCUGCAUCAGAGUGGGAGAAUAGCAGUAGUUCAGGGGUUUUGCUCCCUUUGGGAGCCUUUUCUCAUCCACUGCGGUUCCCUUUCACUCAGUGAGCUGAAUUCACCAGCAUACAAAUAAUUGGUUCAGUGAACCACGACUGUACAAAUAAAAAAGUGACAGAAGGAAUGUUUGUCUUCAACUCAUGAUGCAAAUGUAAAGCCUCAGCUGGGAAAUGCUCUCUUAUGGGAUUCUUGUUGAUUUUUACAGAAGCAUUUCUGGGUGUGAUGUUCUCUCAUGCUUAAGCAGUCGGAUUGCGAACAUCAGUUUCCUUUUGGUUGCAAAACUCAAAUUCUGUUUAGAAAUAGACUAGAUAACAAGUCUUGCUUGUCUUUUGGACAAAUACCUCGAGUAGUUGUUUAAAUUGUGGGCUGGUUGCUGGAGUUAAGGCCAUAAUGUAAUAAAAGCAUUAAAGAUCCUUGACACAUGGACUGGUGGCUUUGUUCAGGAUUUCUAAUGAACAUCACUGCCUCUACCCUUGGGUGGUGACAGUCCCCUCACUGACACCUGCUCAGCUUUUGCUCAUUUGUGCAUUGCAGAUAAUCAAAGGACUCUUUUAAAAGAGUACAAACACCAAAAAAUCUGAAAUUUAACUGACACCUGGAAGCCUUGAGCAUCCCAGAGCAGUUCUGAAUUCUGACUUCAGCAAGUCCUGGGGGCAGACAGAGAAUCUAAUAAAGCCAAGUUAUUUGUAUGGGUGGAAAUAUAUUUAUCAGCAAUUUUGAGCAUAUUCAUGGUAGAGUUGUGGGUUCUCAUGGCUGAUCUUGACUCAGCUUCUGCUUUUGUUGUUGUUGUCAUGGUGUCCUGUUAUUUCAGCUGGCCCUUGUCCUGCAGUUCUGGUCUCAAGCUGCAAGGGAAGUUCUGUGUUUAAACCAUUAGGAACUGAAAAUCAAUCAAAAAAUAAAAAAGAGGAGAAUCAGUGCUGGAGAGUUAUUAGGGUCCAGGACACUACUCCUAUUUUAGAUUCCGUAGUGGUGUUGUCACCUUCGUUAUCUGUCUUUGCUCUUUUGCUGAGUAGCUGCCUCAGUGUGUGAGUUAAGAGAUUUUUUGGUAAUUUAAUACCUUGAUGUCUUUGUCUUGAGUUGCACCAGGGGAGGUUUAGAUUGGACGUUAGGAAAAAUUCCUUCACUAAAAGGCUCAUCAAACCCUGGCACAGGCUGCCCAGGGAGGAGCUGGAGCCAUCAUACGUUCCAAAACGUAUCAAUGUGGCACUUGAGGACAUGGAUUAGUGGUGAUUGUGGUGGUGGUGCUUGAUGGUUGGACUUGGUCCAAAGGGUCUUUUCCAGCCUUAAGGACUCCAUGGUACUCUGAUAUGAUUCCAUGACUCUCUGCCACAUUCUGUCACUCAUAACCAGUUGUUGGUACCUGGUGAAGAAAGGUGGAUGUAGUGGGGAUGGGUCAGAUCCACACCCCUUCUCAACUCUCUCCUGAGACAGAUGACAGAUUUUUCCUCUUACUUCAUCACGGAUAUUUAUGUUCCUGUCCUGCUUUACCUCACCUUCAUUUCCCCCCCCAGGCCUGACACCAUCCCUGGGGAGCUGGUGCCUCAGCCGGGCACCAUGACAGCGCUGUCCCCCAACCUGUCGUGCCACCACCACUCCAUCGACGACUUCCGCAACAGCGUCUACUCCACGCUCUACUCCAUGAUCAGCAUCAUGGGCUUUGUGGGGAACGGCGUGGUGCUCUACGUGCUGAUCCGCACGUACCGGCAGAAAACGGCCUUCCAGAUCUACAUGCUCAACCUGGCCCUGUCCGACUUCCUGUGCGUGCUCACCCUGCCCCUGCGUGUCACCUACUACGUGCACAAGGGCAACUGGUUCUUCAGCGACUUCCUGUGCCGCCUCUCGUCCUACGCGCUCUACGUCAACCUCUACUGCAGCAUCUUCUUCAUGACGGCCAUGAGCUUCUUCCGCUGCAUCGCCAUCGUCUUCCCGGUCCGCAACAUCAAGCUGGUGUCGGAGAAGAAGGCGAAGUUCCUGUGCAUUGGCAUCUGGGUGUUCGUCACGCUGACGAGCGCGCCCUUCCUGCGGAACGGGACCUACCAGCUCGGCAACAAGACCAAGUGCUUCGAGCCGCCGGAGAACUCCCAGAAGACAAACAUGGUGGUGAUCCUGGAUUUGAUCGCCCUCUUCGUGGGCUUCAUCAUCCCCUUCGUCAUCAUCACCAUCUGCUACACCAUGAUCAUCCGCACGCUGCUGCGGAACUCGCUGCGGAAGAACGAGGCCAACCGCCGCAAGGCCGUGUGGAUGAUUGUCAUCGUCACCGCCACCUUCCUGGUGAGCUUCACGCCGUACCACGUCCUGCGCACGGUGCACCUGCACGCGCUGCGCCUGCGGGGCCCCGGCUGCGGGGACACCGUGUUCCUGCAGAAAGCUGUCAUCGUCACCCUGCCCCUGGCAGCUGCCAACUGCUGCUUUGACCCCCUCCUCUACUUCUUCUCCGGGGGAAACUUCCGGCAGAGACUCACCACGCUGAGGAAGGCGUCCUCCUCCAGCUUGUCGCAAGCCUUCAGGAAAAAGAUCUCCAUGAAGGACAAGGAGGAGGAACCCUUUGGAGAAAGCCAGAGGGAGAACGGAAAGGCAGCUGUGGCUCCUUCGUAAGGAGGUUAAACUUUCCCCUCAGAGCUCUGGUGGGGGAUGGAGAUCUCUGAACUCUUCCAGAAGAUGGGAUGGAGGCUCUCGAGCCUUCGUUGCAGUUAAAUAGCUGUGGACAGUCGCUGGUUUGUGGUGGCAGAGCUGCUGCUGGGGCUGGGCAGCCCCUGGGGCCCCCAGAGCCACGUGGGACAGAGCAGCCACCACCAGCAAGCUGUGGAGCUGCUGCUGAACUCCCCGACCCCUUCCAAGGCUGCAUUUGGGCAUUUGCUUCAUUUCACAACUUUCCAAGAGCGUUAAUUCCCCGAGCCAGCGGGAAAUGUACACAAAGCUUGCGGCGCGUGGGGAGCUCCUGAUGAACAGUGAGGGCAGAGUUUUCACUGGAACUUCAAACAGCCGCCAAGUUAUUUACACAGCGAGGCCAGGAUAAUUCCUGCCCUGCUCCCAGCCGCCUCUGGAUUUUGGUUUUUAUGAUCAUUAUGUGUGUUUUAGGCUCCCAGGGCUGUGCCUGGGUUGCAAAUUGGGAUGGGCCCCUCUCUCACCCCCACCAAGCAGCUCAAGAGGCUUUGGUGGGCAGCAGAUUUGCCAGAGUUUUCCCAGUUUCUAGAAAAAUCCAUGGGAUCAGUUGUAGAAUUGCAGUAUUCAAUUGCAGUUGUAGAAUUGCAGUAUCCUGUGCAGGAUAACUUAGGAAUAAGUAUAAGAGGAAGCUUUAUUUCAGUGGGACUGGUCCUGAAGUGGUGGCUGCAGGAUUCAGAAUAUCACUCCAGUUUUUGGGGAAGUUUUAGGUAAAAGUAGAGCUCUGCAUGCUUGGAGUCAGAUUAGCCUUUCUCAACUAUUGGCCAAGGGUAUUAAAUUAAUGACAAAUAUUUAAAAAAGCUCUCCAGGAUGUUUGAUUCUGUUCCAGAGUGUUCACCUCACCCACACCUGGCAGGAAAGAGGCAACAUGAGACCCUUGGAAAGACUUUUAGGAAGAGCUGGAGAUUCAAAAUCUGAGUCUGGAUGAGAUGUAAUGCUGAAAAAACAUUGGGCCGUUUUUCUUCCGUAAAGAAAAACUUUAAACUCUUGGAUGGAGGGAAACAUUCCUGUACUUUUCCAGGGGAUCUGCAGGAAGGUAGCUCCAGCUCUGCUGGAGCAGAGCCCAGCCGGAAAUGUGCGACACAUCCCGGCAGAAAUAGAAAUUCUUGUAGGAUUAAACCUCGCUGUUCAUUUAUCAACUCCUUCUCCAAAUGAAAGUGUGUUUGGAUAUAGUAUUUAUGAAAUUACUCGAUGUUAUCUUCAAUAAAGAAAACAGUUUUAGUAGUGAAGAAUAACAGUGAGCAAAAGAAGUUUGGCUUGGACAGGGAUCUGCUGGAGAAAUUAUCUGUACAGAUAAUUGGAGUAUGAAUUCUCCCUUGGCACCACAGCCCUAGGUCAGCAAAAGGACCUUAAAAAACCAAAUUCACCUGCAGGAUAAAAGAUGGAUGUGAAUUUCCAAGGAGAUCUGAAAUUCCUUUGUUAAAUUUGAAGGAUAAAGCAGUAGAGGGCUGAAAGUUGCUGCUCUAGAGUAGAGUUAGAGACCCCAUAAACCCCCAGGGCAGAGCCAAGAGUUCAAGCCAGAACUGCAAAUUGUUCAGGGAAAAAAUGUGAAUGAAUUGGCUAAACCUCAUUUUCAAGGGUCAGCACUGAGUAUUCCACUUGUGUCUCCAGGCUUUAAAGGUAUUGUAAAACUGUAAAAAAUCCUCAUGGAUUUUUAUUUGGAAUAUGCAGAAACAAUAUGCCCAUUCCCAACGUUUAAAUGAUUGUACAGUAAAGCUAAGUGUUUAUAUAUAUAUAUAUGUAUAUAUUGCAAAGCAUUUUUAUUGUACCAGAUGUAUUUUUUAACCUUUUGCCUUUUUUAUUUGAAUGAGACAAUAUUAAUGGCAAAGAAAAUGGCAGCUUUUUUUCUUUUUAUUUUCUGUUUUUGUGCAAUAGGAAUGCCUGUUUUAAAAAACUACUGAAAACCAAAUGAAAACAUUGCAAGGGAAAUUUUAAUUACUGUUUUCUGUGGCUCAUUUGAAAGUCUAUGUUACAGAUUCUUCUUCCCUACAAUAAAACUUUAUUUGC